GAUAAGCAACCCUGUCCUUUUUACAUGGGAGUCCCUCUGGGUGGGGGGAGGGGGGUACUGGGGGGGUACUGGCAGUUUUAAAUGACAAGCCAUCCCAGCAUGAAUUUCACUGGAGUUAGGAAGUUAGGCUGCAAUCAUAGGCUACUUCCUGCAUGUAUGUAGAGUUGCAGUCAGUGAUGGCACUGAAACAUGUGCAGUGAAAUGUAACCAGUUAGAAGAAGGUACCUGCAGUAUUGCAUUCAACAAAUAGUCUUUAUUUUGGUGAUUUGCAAGGCUAAAGACAUCUAUUAUAUCAGUAAGCCAUGAAACAUGAUCAUGAUAAUGGUACAUUGCUAGAAAAUCAAUAAAAAAUAAUUUUAAUAAUUUGUUUUUAAUAAAAUGUUCCAUCUUAUAAUAUGCUAUUUGUGAAGUAUGAUUCCUUGCACUCAGAGCUUAAAUGCCAUGCCAUCAUAUUUUUAUCUUCAUGCACAGGAUGUAAAGGAGUAGCCUAAGUCUGCAUAAUAUUUUUAUUGUGAUGUUUUCAAAAUUUAUAUGACUUCUGCCCCUGGAUGGUAUGGUGAAUUUUCACUAAUGCCCCACUUCCCCAACCCCUCUGGCAUUUAACAAUGUUGCUCUAACAAAUCAUGGUUGAGGAGAGGCAUUCCUGUGACUCCUGACAAGGUUUCUCUUUCAAUGGGAAGUGUAAGAGAAACCACUGACAUUAUACCAGUGGCUAAUAAUAUUUUAUACACUGACUUGUGGAUUGGGAGAGAUAUACAACAAUAGAUCAACAUAUACCUACAAGAAGUAGUUUCAUAAACUUCCAGACGAAGUUUCUCUUUGACUGGAAAGUGUAGGAGAACCUGCUGCUCACAGGGUGGUUUCACAUCCUGCAUCUACAAUCUUGGUCACAAGGGUUGGAAAAAAAAUCAUUUUAUACACAUUUUGCCCCUCCCCACCCCUGUGCAAUGUUGACAAAAACACUUUCAUCUGACACAAGUUCACAUUUUACCAUUUUCCAACAUUGGAAGGGGUAAUGGGGGUGUUGACACUUAUUCUGUAGGCAUUACGAUUAUGAUUUCAUGUUUUUGGCAUUUUUCAACACAAUUUGUCCAUGAUUGUAGGUUUUACUCACCAUUUUCAGUCACCCCCUUCCUUUCAUUCAGUGGCAAGUACCUCUCCAGGCCGUCAAACUAAAAAAAAUAAUCUUUCCAGGUCAUUUCUUUUAGAUCGUGUAAGAUGGAAGCAGUGGCACAGGUAAAACCUGAGAAACCUUCUCUCUGUACGGUUUACAGAUUUAAUCUCGCUUUAGCCUAUCUAUUCUUGCUUAGACUUCCGGUUCCGUCGUUUUGUGCACAUUACCUUUCGCAGCCUUUCGUUUCCUUCGGACUUCCUGCCGAUUCAUUGCGUGACUACUUUCGAAGCCGGUGGUUCCUUCUGAUGUGGACAAGCUAACUAAGUGUUACUGUAAGGAAUUGACUGGGCUUUCGAAUUGUGAAAACGCCAUUCUCUGGGGUAACUAAAGAUCGGAGACUUCACGAUUUUAGUACUAUAAAUAGACAGUUUCGACGAUGUCACGCAAUCUCGGGGAUAAAGAUAGUAUUUUCCGUUUCGACCUGCUGGAGUAAACUACAAUCUGAGCGUUUAAAACGUGAAAACCCCGCUAUGGUGUAUUCCUUAGAGGAACUUGACGAUUUAGCGCUGAUACAUAUAACUCGCUUUCUCGACCCAGAGGAUAUAGUGCGUUUAGGUUUGACAUGCCGACGAAUUCACUCACUUAUGCCUCGAAUUAUUCCUACCACCGAGGAGUGGAAAGGCAAGGACUUUUUCGUCUCUGGUCCUUAUAUUUGCCCCAACGAGUUGUAUUUUGACGGACCAGUUCUUUCUGGUUCUGUCAAGAAACUAGUCAUGUCAGUUCUUUGGAAAGACCAGGGCUAUGGAAAUAAAAAGGGCGAAAUCUUCGUGAAAUUAAUGAGACCGGAAGCAGGCUGCUCUCCAACAACGCCAUCACUUGAAGACGAACAAAUUAUUGAGAUAGCAGAGCGUCGGCGAUUGUUUGACAUCGCAGAACAUUACUGGAAACGUGAACACACUGUGAUCUCUGAUCAUCCUGUCGUCUCUAAAGCCAGACCAGGUGAUUUUUACAGGUUUAUGAGAUAUGUUGGUGGUGGAGGCGGUCAUGAACUUAUCGUAAGAAACUUUCGAGUUGUUGUUACAGGAUUCAGGAUAAUAUAUCAUAAAAAGGACACCUAAUCAAGGUCAUGCCUAAGUGGGAAGAGGGGAGAGUAAAAUCCCCCUCCUCCGGGGGAUUCUCAGGGUGCAAUGACCUGGACUACUACCCUGGUAAAGAUUAGUUGCAGAGUUCCUUCUGUUGCACAUCAGCAAAAAUGUAAAGGGAGAAAUAUCUUGAUCUUCAUGUUGUAGGGUACCCUGGCAGGAGGAGGGGGGGGAGUAACUUGGUUAACUUCAGCUAAAUGUAGCCUAAAAAUACAUCCCUUUAGGAAAUCGAGCUGCAUUGGCUGUUUCACUGACUCAUCACUCAAUUUAUAUUUUCUAAUGUAAUAUCAUGAUGUUAAUCAUAUCCAUAACAAAAUUUUUGAUUGUGAUUGGUUCCCCACGGCCCUAUUUGUCACAUAAUUGGUGUGUCAAAUUACAGGUAUUCAACUUGUAAUUGGAUAUUUGUAAUUGGAUAUCUUUGCCAUUUGCACAUCAAUUACACAUGCUUUGAUGGCUUCCUUCUUAAUAUUUCCUACAGUUUUUGAAACUUAUUGAAAGCACUAUUCACUUUUCUGCUCAAAAGAAGUUCUCAAAAGUCUUCUUUUUUUUUAUAAAUUUUCAAAAUUUUUUGUUCAUACAAUUCAUUAGAAAUUUGACCUUGUGUCAUACAAUUUAGGGGGCAAUCAUGCUCGUAAUUUCAAAUAGGCCUCACACUGUAUGCUUAUCAGAUUUUGAAAUAACUCAUCCUGAAUUGUACUCUACUUGGUCCAAUUACUAUUACAAAUUGAUUAAAUUUUCAUGAUUAAACUAACUGCUUGGAGACCUUUAGGUGUGCAUUUUAGAGAACAUUGUAGGCCAAACUUCUAAACUUGAGAAACAAGAAAAAAGGUAUAUGUAGGAUCCUCUUAAUAGUCAUCCUUUGAUGCCUAUAAUUGGAAUAGACAAGUAAAAAUAGUAAAGAAGACAAAUGGAACAACUUCCUGUGUACCACUGAGAAGUUGCUGUAAAUUAUAGGACACAAAGUUGUUUACGAAAAAUAUUAAAUACUUUUGUCACAAGCCUUAGCAGAAAAAAAAGACAAUGAUCAGGACAGGCAUAAUAUUAUAUACAAUAUGAGAGUAAACACAAUGAUUAUUAUUAACGAUCAUUAGAGCCAAUCUGUUUAAAGAUAAUUUCCAGUCUGUACUGCGCAGUCUCAGCACCCUAAUGUUUAUAAACAUUAUAAGUCUCACUCGAUGGAAUGCGAA